ACUGUCAUUUUUGGGUAUUAUCGUAUAAUCGAAUCUAUUUAUUUACAUAGCGUUCUUAUUUAUUAGUAAGUAAUUAGUAAUAUUAGAUAAUUGUGAGUAAACAGUAUAAAAAUGAAAGCCCUUAUUCAACGUGUAAUGAACGCUAAAGUUACCGUAAAUGAUGAAGUAAUAAGCAGUAUUGGGCAAGGAAUGUGUGUCUUUAUAGGAAUAUCAAAUACUGAUAGUAAAAAGGAUAUGGAAUACAUUGUACGGAAAUUACUAAGCAUUAAGUUAUUUGAUGAUGAAUCAGAGAAGAGAUGGAAGAAAAAUGUAUUAGAAAGAGAUUUUGAAAUUCUCUGUGUUAGCCAGUUUACUUUGUACAAUACUUGGAAGGGUACAAAACCAGACUUCCACCAUGCGAUGCCAGGCGACAAAUCUAAGGAAUUCUAUGAAAACUUCUUGCAAAUGUUAAAGGAUGCUUACAAACCAGAUAAAGUAAAAGACGGCAAGUUCGCAGCCUACAUGCAGGUGAGCAUACAGAAUGACGGGCCAGUGACAUUUGAGAUAGAAUCACCAGCCAAUCUGCCCGAUCCUAAAGAACGCAGGGGCAAUAAUGUAACAAAAGCAGAGAAGAAAGAAAUUCAAGAAGAUAUUGUUGAUAAGGUAUAGACAAUAUGACAAUAUAGUAGAUUGAUAUUAUGUACAAACUUAUGAUAUUUAUAACUGAUAUUAUUUAUAAGCAAUAAAUUAUUUUAUAAACUGUUGAAGAAAUGUCUUUCUGAUUUUUCAAAUGCGAUCUUGAAGUGGAAUCAUGCUAUUUGU